AUGCGUUUUGGAAUACUGCUUGUUAUUAGCGCUGCUUUAUCAGCUGGUUUUGUUCCAAAUGCAAAUUUGAAACAACAGUACCAACAAGAACAAGAAGCAUUGAAGAUUUCUCUGCAGGCUCUUAGUUCCAUUUCAUUGCCCAACUUGCUCGAAAUUAAUGGUGUGGACGAAAUUGUCAAUUACGACGUUUCAAGUGGGGUAUUGUACGACCAAGGACGAUUGGUGAUGGGUAAAUCAGGCUCAAUUUGGUCAAAUGCAAAUAUACCGACAGGUCAAGGUCAAGGUCAAGCUUUCACAAUUGAAAUUGUAUUCAGAUCUAGCGGGAAAUCACACGAUAUGCUAUUUCCAGAUAACAAGCUUGCACUAUGGCUUGUGGAUAGCUCCAGCGUUGCUCAAUUGAACAAGUAUGAUGGAUUUAAAUUUAUGAUCAAUAAUCGGGAUCAACAAGGUUUGAAGAUUUUCAAUAAUGACGGAUCAUUGGAAAACGAUGACGAUGGCGCCUUACAGAAAAGUAUCGGAGACUGUCAAUUUAGAUACUUGGAAAGCGACGUUCCUUUUACAUUAAGAGUUUCGUAUUCUGACAAUAACUGGUUCAAGGUGCAGAUUGAUAAUAAUUUAUGCUUUAAAACUGAUAGGAUCCAAUUGCCUCGGAAUUCCAAUUAUAAAUUAGGGGCUACAAGCUUUAUUAAUCCUCAAUCACAGGAAUUAUUUGAAAUUUUGGCUGUAAAAGUUUGGGAUGAGCUAACCGAAGAUGCAAUUGAUGAUCAUGGACUUAUGGUUGAUGGCGAAUUGAAAAUCGACGUCGAACAAAAAGUAGUCGACGGCGACUCACAAGCACAAAAUGCCAAUAAUCUCGCAGCAAGGAAAUCACUAAUGGAAAGAGAAAGGGUUCAAAGGGAGCAAAUGGAGAAACUGAAUGGCAACACAAACAAUGAACAGAAAGAAUCUGAAGUUUUGUCGCUGGACAACACGGACCUCUCAUCAGUUAUCGGCAAAAUCAGUAAUCUUGAAUCUCUUUUGAACGAUUUAUUGAGAUCAGUUCCCCUUAUUCAAUCAUCAACUGAAAACUCAAAUCGAGAAAUUGCCCAACAAGUACAAAAAACACAAGUAACUUUACUGGAAUUGAAACAAACGUUUGUCGAGCAGUAUACAGAAUUACUCAGAGCAGUUUCCAUGUUGAAUCAGAAAGUUAUUGGAGAAGUAAGAGAACAGAAUUAUGGUAUGGAAGAGUUGGGUAAAAAAGUGGACAUGUUGAUGAAUGAACAUAAGGAGGUUCAACAUCAAUACCAAAAACAACAAAAUGAAGAAAAGGAAAAGAAUAACGCAAAGACAGUCAAAUCGCAUGAUUCAAUGGCUGAUAGGUUGAUCAAAUGGAUUUUGUUUCCCUUGAUGAUUGUUCUUUUGGCAUUGGUUGUCUUUGUUUAUCGACUCAGACACGAUAUAAAACAUUCGAAACUUUUAUAA